CGGAGCGGCUUGUAGCCCCGCAGGGAAGGGAGUACGACCAGCCCUACGGGGUCUGCAAGCCGCUCCGCUGGCACUCCGUGGGCCACUAGCCGUGGAGGUCUUCUUCCUCUAACGAGGAAGGUAUGGCUGCGAAAAAGACUCCUCGUAGAGCAGUCAGUCACCAAGCUAGUAGCUCUUCCCGAGAAGGAGGCAUCCAGAGGAGUAUCCCAGAGUCUCCACUAGUCCUCAUAUAUUCAACCCCUUUCCAAGCGAGUUGGCGACUCCCCAAAGGGUUGUUGAAGAGUAGUUACCUGUAGACUUCCUAAUAGGGAAAUAAUAAUCACCCUUCUGUUGUCCAUCCCCAAAGCUCUCCUCUUCAAGUAGCAUUCAAUCAAUCUAGAAUGAUGUACAAGGCAAACAACACAGUCACCUUAGAUCCUCACCCCCGUUGUGUCUUCUCUUCCAACUUUCCACGAGCAACCCUUUUGUCUCCCCCCGCCCCCUGUUCAAUGUAUCCCUUUCCUCAUAUAUCUCUCACUAUCUCUUUGUGUAACUAUGGAUUUGCGGUAAAACCUUGCCAAAAAAACAAAAACAUAGGGCCAUCCUCACCAUCUAUCUCCCCAUCUAUUGCAAUAACCAUGGCUGGGAAAAGAACGAAAUUGGAGCUGGAACCCGCAGUUGAUGAGAAGUCAGCCGGGGCCGACCCUCAGGCCAAACGGCCAAAGAUUUCUCUUGAAUCUCAUACUCUUUAUAUAAAUAAUCUUAAUGAUAAAAUUAAUCUUAAAACCACAAAGCACCUGCUUUAUUUACUUUUCUCGACGUACGGUGACGUGGUGGACAUAGUGCUCAACCUGAAGCGCAAGAACAUGCGUGGCCAGGCACACAUUGUGUAUGGGAACGUCCAGUCUUCUGCUCUUGCCCUUAAGGCUUUGCAGAAGUUUGAGUUUUACAACAAGCCGCUCAACAUCGCGUACGCCAACAAGGUUUCCCGGGUGGUGGCAGACUCUAUUGAGGAGCAAGAGGAUUGAGCGAAGUUUCAGAUGUGAUUUAUAGAUUGUAUAUACGUAUAGAAGUCGAGGGAGCCCGGUCGGCCCACUAAGACACUAACAGACAGAUGGUACUUGGCAGGAACUGGGCCACGACUAGGAUCCAAGAUCUAUUGGUCACACGAAUCUCUCGAAAGAGUACUGGCCCAAGAGACCCCCACGCCCAAGCUUGAGCAGCUUGGUGGAUGGGGGUGGUCAACUGGUAGAGCGUACAAUUGGACAGACGAGCCAGACUUUACAUGUUUCCACCACAGCCAUAGAAACGCCUAACCUUAACGUAAAUAGAAAGGAAUCUAAUA